AUUACUCAAAUUUCAUCGUCUUUUGGGCCCCCAAAAAUGAAUAAGGUCGUCAUAUCAGAAGCUGAAUUUGUUUUUAUUAUUUAAUUUCACUGGGCACUUUGUCGGGUUGCAUUUCUUAUCUCCCGUGUUUACGCCAAAAAACAAUCGAAUUAUGAUUGGUUAUGACUGACUUUGUUUACAAGUGCAUGUGUUGCCGCGGCAAAGAUUUAGGUCGAAAUUCGGCCCUAAAUAGGCCGAAUCGUCGACUGAGGCAGCUGGCGAAAACAGCGGACACCGCGUGAGAAGUCAAACAGACCCGCUUUGGCCGCAGCGACUGCCGGAGGGUCUAAUUGAAUCGCUGUUUUUUGUUCUCCGAGUGCAGCAGAUCAGGCGCAAUGCAAGGAGUGCAAAGAGUACCAGCCGCGAUCUUGAACCGCGAGAAGCGCGUGCAACUAAAAGAAUCUCUUCAGCUGGGUCCGCAAGUUGGGCCUUCCCAGGUUCAAAGCCUUUCAGACAAAAGAGGACUCUACACGGUGCGCCUCUUCUUGCACGACCGGCCAAACCCCGACGAGCAAAUCGAGCGGCAUUCGAAAGCCCUCUACACUAGACUCCUGCAAGCAAAGACCACAGCAGUGAUUGGGGUCAGGUUCGCUCAGCCUCCACCUGGCUCUCCGUUGAGUACUCGCCAUCUCUCUACCAAAGCUGCAGACAUCAUCAAGGCUGGAAAAUUGGAGGAGCUGUCAUCUUGUGAUAAGUUUGCAGCUGCCAUUUUCAACGGAUUUGUGCCUCACAUUGGCCAGAGAAGGGAUGCCCCUUUGCACUACCUCUACGCCAUUCAGAUCCGGCAGCCGCAACCUGCAGUUGAAGACGAUGGCGAAGAAGACGAAGUUCCAGAUGGAGGCGCUUUUGGCAACUGGCUGGAGAUGCUGGCAGUCUGGACCGGCUUGAUCUUAGAGAGGAUUCGUCAGUUGAUCUGGCCUUUUGAAAGGGCAUAGACCUGAAUGGCCUGAGUUUUGUCCAGCGCGCCAUCUACCUAAGAACCUCUUGCAAUUUAAACUAAGUUGCUUAAUAUUAUUAUGUUGUGUUGACAUGGCUGUUUUUCUUUUUCCCAAUUUAACAAAUGGCAUAUUUUAAAAAAAAAAUUUAUAUAUCUAUAGAAAGUGUUCUUCUUAUCUGAAUUUCGUGUUAUAAUCAAUAAUAAAUCAGGUUGCCACUUUCUACGGGAUAUGUUCACGUAAGAAGUGCCCAAUGCUGCUCGCGAGGAAAAUUUUGCUCAAUCUUGGCUUAUUCAUGCACAGAAACCCUGGUUUUACUCACUUCCAAACAAAAUUGAUGAGUUUGAAGGUUUAAAGUAACGUAAACUUAAUUUUGAAUGUUGAAAAAAAUUGUAAUGAUAUCCGCUUAUUACGCAAAGAUCUUGUUUAUUAAUGUCUUUAUUAAACACAAAUGUGUACAACGUCAUGAAUUGCUGGUCGAAAUCAAUAAUAA